CAASAAAUACGAACUWAAACUGAUAGCAUUUUUCCCUUGUUGUUACUGUCGAUUAGUCUCAUCCAAGGUGCCAUAAKACGAGUGAGUCUGAUUGGGAAAAUGCAAGAAAACCAAAAUAAGCAACAAAAUACAAGAGCUGCGGCACAGUGGAACCCAGCCAUGAAGAAAAAUCGUKGUGAUCAUCGUCGUCGCCACCGAACCGACUUUGUGGUUUCAAAACCUAUCAGCAGCAGCAGGGCUUGUGUUUUGCUACGGUCAGAAAUCCUUUGGACCGUCGCAACCAUGCUCGCACUUUGUUCCUGCAAUUUCUCACACCAUCCAUGCGACGCAAAAACUUAUCCACCUGAAAUUUCGCCARGAAUGGUGACGACAACCACUAAUCGACCACUUCUCCGUGGCGUCGCCGGCGACGGUUCGAGAGCUGAACGAAAAGGUAAAUCCACAAGAAAUGAUCUCUCCACUCACAUGGAAAUUCCCGAGUUGCAAACACAAACGAGAAUGCUCUGGCGGAACGAAACACCCAGAGACGACGACGACUCUUUCGUGAGCACAAGCGACCAAGAACACGAACGAAAACACAGAGAGGACAACAGUCAUCACCAAAACAUUACUAUCGGCGCGACGUUGGUUGUCGUUGAUAAGCAGACAACGGGUAACGAAACAACAACWACAACCACGAAAGAUGAUGACGAWGUUUUCUACGAUGUCAUACCGAUUUUUCCUACAAACAACACCGAGGCCACAGACGAUCUCUUUGCAAACGAAACAAUWGGUAUGUUGGAGGAUGAUGAAMARGAUGACGAGGCAAUUCCGACUCAACAAGAAGAAGAUAACAGUUACGAGAUAAUGGRGGACGAAGAAAACAUAGAUGAUAACAAUGAUGCAGAUGGAGUAGAUGACGAUGACGAUGACCAUAACGAUAACAAUGACGAUGACCGAAACGAGGACCAAAACGAGGACGAAACCCAGCAGCYACGGCCGCCCAAGAAGGAUUGCUUGUGGAGGGUGCUAACUGGCACUGGUUGCACCGGUUCGUCAUCACAGGGUGACGAGACAGGAAAUGGCGGAAGCAUCAUCCAAGGCUAUCAACAUGACUAUUUGGUGGCCGAUGGGACGUGUCGCUACAACGAUUUUCUGGGAUACUACCGGGCUGGUUGCCAGCAACAGCAAGCUACCUCAACAUUUUCAGCAACAACACGGAAUACUGUAGAGUUCGAAACAAAUACAGAUGCCACUAUUGUCUUGGAAGCCGUCUUUUGCUACGAUCCGAAGUGUUCCAGCGGGUGCAUGGAUGGAUCUGUCGUCCAUCCAAGCAAGGUGUACACGUCRAACACGUGCUAUGCAUCUUCCUAUUACUAUAAGAAAGGGCUUAUGAUGUCAAAAGAGGAGGAGAAUGACACGCACUAUUACUACCCGUUUGGGUUCGAGUUUGUUGGCGGAUGCUUUGAAUCUGAGAACUGCCACAAUUACUCGAUCAGUUAACGAGCAWAUAAUCACACCGAACGAAGGCAGACUAUGCCGAGAGCAGAAUGGAACAAAAAAGAUGACACAGACCGUAAAAGGAACGAUUCUGAAACCAUUUACCAUCCGUAAAAAGAAACCUUGUAACAACAUUUUCAACACACUACCUAAAGACAUACGAAAUGUGCUCGUAAAGGAAUAACUUUGAAUCAUAGUAGCAUGAUCAUCACAUUCGCUAAGAAAUUGCCUCUGAGGAAUUAAUUUGUUGGCAUGAACAUUKAAUUUUGAUUCAAAACCAACUAAGAUUAGAUUAAAAUUCUGGAAACAGAAAUUAUAGGAAUAGUAUAGCUCCACAUAUAUGUGAUCGAAAAAAUCAGCUGGCCCCAUCGGAUGGGAUUGCUAGGACCRGAAAUCUAUUCCUCACUUCCAAGUGGAUCACCAAACGGGUUCCUAAGUUGAAACGAAAUGACUGCGUUAGCSUUGCACUUCACACUUCAAGGAAGCUGUAAAAUGUAUCACACGAACGAUGGCACAGGUGUGUGAUAGUGACGUUGUUGAUAUUGCCUAWACAUAAUGUGAACGAAGCAUUUCAUGAAAAAUAGAAUCUAUUCAUUACUAUAGAUUGGAAAAUGAGCUUYGAGAAACAGCAAACCAUGGUAUAGGAGAAAAGCACUGCAGAGAGUCUGCAGAGAGAGGGUGGGAUGAAUUCAAGUUCGUGUUUUCGAGUAACGUAUAUCCAAAAAAAAGCGACUCUCAUUUGCGAAUCACGUUUUGGAUGCAAUAAAUUGGUUGUACUCUAGAAACCUUCGAAAGAUCACUCGACAAUUACCGCGACAUACAAUACACAUACAGUACUAAUCGCUCUUGAUGUUGAAGUUUUGCUUUUUCCCCGCGCCUCCGUUUCCUCCUCCGUGCUUGGAYGUGUGCGCCAUCUUGUGCUGCUGGUGCCGCGCCUCCUGUUUUUGGGCAAGUUUUUCUUCCUUGUUCAUCUUUUGGGUUUUCUGGGCUUGCUGUUGCUGGAUUUCUUGGAGCUCUCUCUCUGCUGUCAGGGCCUUGUCGACGUACCGCAUGGCCACGACAAUAACAACGUCGGCAAUCAUAAAAGGGACCUUGGCCUCCUGAGAAGCAUCGUUGGUGCACGGUGUUGUUAAAUAUUUUGUUAGAAAACCGAAAACAGGAGUGCAUCCUUCGUCCGCAAAUCAUUUUACGUGGGUCAGCAACGAACAACACGGCAAACCAAAUCCGGUCGAUCGAACAGUAAUAGCGAAUGCUCCCAAAUAUUAUUCCGCAACAAAUACAAACCGAGGAAACAUACCGGGAUCUGCCAGUAAAAGUGGUUCAACAGAGUCAAUGCCAUCUUAGAAAAUAAUCGGUUUGGUUUUUG